GGGUGUUUGCAUCAAAAGAAAAAUCUUAAACUACAUAGGUACAGGCUUAUAGUAACACUCCAAAAGACGCAAAUUCAAUUCCUUUAGAACCUUUAGAACCUCUCAUACUCGUCACUCAUACGCAAAUUCCAAAAGCUCUAAUUGCAGAAGCUCGUUCCAGAUCAAUAUUUCAAGUGUUGUGGCUGGAAAUCAGGGAUGAAUGACCUGUCAUCCCCAGGCCCAGGGCGGCCGCCCCUCCUGCCCUGGCUUAGGGACGGGACUGCCUCAAAUAAGGAUCUUUUACACAACCCAACACAUAAAGAUGCACAACAACCCACCCUGCUUGCUGCUCAACCUAUUGCUCAAAAGCUCGGAGUCGAUUAUCCAUUUCCUCCUCAUUUACAGUAUGCUUAUCCUCCACCAGACGGAAAUAUACUGACCAAUAUUCUUAAUGCUCUUAUUGCUGUUCCGCGCUUCUAUACCCAGGUCUUGCACUUGAUGAACAAAAUGAACAUUCCAGCUCCAUUUCGUAUGGCACUUCCCACUCCCCCUUUACCAUCUACACCAGCCCCACCUCCACCACCAUUACCCUCAGUAAAUGAGCAUCCUCAUCCUGGAAAUCUGUCCAGUGAUGAGUCAGAAAUGGAAUCUUCUGAUGAGGAGCUUGAUGAUGAAGCAGAAGCUCCAAAAAAGCGGAUCAAGCGUGAAGUUAUAGUUGGCCCUGGCAUAGAUAAAGAUGUGUCCCAUGAGGCUGUUGGACUUAAACCUGCCACAUUGGUUCCAAAGGAAAUUCCAAUAAUAAAGAAGAAAAACUCUGUAUUACAGAUUAGAAUAGCCCCCAAAAAGGUCAAGCAUGAGGUUAAUGUUGAUAACACGGUAAAAGAAUCUGAAAAGCUGGAGAUUGCAGAUGUGCCUUAUGCAACCAUUGGUCAAAUAGAAAGUCAGAAAUGUCCCCCCGAGGAGAUACUAUCACUCCCAAUGUUCAAGAAUUACGCUGCUGGAAAUCCUGCUUCAGUGCUGUACAUAAAGAACUUGGCAAAGGAUGUGGUUCCGGAUGAUUUUUAUUUCAUUUUUGGGUCAUUGUUUGGGAGUGUCGAUGCUGCUAAGGCUAGUCUUAGUGUGAAAUUAAUGCAGGAGGGUAGAAUGAGGGGGCAAGCAUUUGUGACAUUUCCAUCAGUUGAGUCAGCACAUCAUGCUCUAAAUCUAGUAAACGGCUACGUCUUCAAAGGGAAGCCAAUGAUCAUUCAGUUUGGUAGAAAUCCAGCAGCUAGCAAAACAUGAUGAACAUAUAGUUGCUCAGAAUUGGAAAGCUCUCUAUACAUUUGGCUUGUUGCCAAUUUCCCGACAUAGCACACUUGGAACCAUAGCUCAUAUACUGGAUAUGCGACUGAUACUCAAUCAAGUCUUGUCUUCGAUAAAUUGUUAGAGAAGAAUUUCUGGUAGACUUGUUGGAAGGCUGAAAGUACGCAGGAAUACACCAUAUGUUUACUUCAAGGGGUCAUCAGUGAGAUUUUGUUGACUCUCCCCUGUGCAUGUAAUCCGGAUAUUCCGAGAGUUCUUGCCUGGAAUACUAGAGCAUCAUCGAUUUUGUUGUGCAGGCAAAAGCAUGUAAAAUGUACAGUUUUAGUUUAAAAAUGACAUAGGCAACCAAAGGUGAUAUGAAUGUCUUGAUUAUAUUUGGCCAUGUAAAAUGUCUUGAUAUGUGUCCUCUGGUGAAAGCAAUGAUACAACGCUUUUUAUGAGGUCUA